AUGUCAUUUCUGAGGCGAUUAUUUAAAUUUCGAAUAUUCAAAUUUCGUACAACUCUCACUGACGAACUCGAAGAUUUACAUAGUGAAUUAACGAAUCUACAACAAAGUUUAACUCAAACACGUCUACGUCAACGACAAUGGACUAAAUUAUUUGCUAUUUAUGCUAUUCUUGCUUAUUUAAUUACCAAUGCUACUUAUUAUACACUAUUUUUCCCACAAGAUGUAGUCGUUCAAGCAUAUGCGAUUAUAACAUCGGUCGCUAUUGCAGUUUUACUAUACGGUAUUCAUUGGGUCAUUCGUUGGUAUUUUCGAACGAUUAUUCAAAUGAAAGAAGAAAAAUUAGGAUUAUUCAAUGAUAGAAAACAAGAAUUAUUUGAAGAAGUGAAAAAUAAAGAAACAUAUGCGAUAGCUAAAAAUCUCUUGGAAAAAUAUGGCGAAAAAGUAACACCAGAAGUUCGAUCACCGACAAUGAAUGAACCUCAACAACGCGUAUCCAUCAAACCACCAAUAGUCGGUGCAGAAAAACCACUGGUUUCUGUUAUGUCGCCUAAUACCAGUUUAUUCGAAAAUGGAAAUCAACAAUUACAAACACCAGUUCGGGAUGGACCCACUCGUUUAGCCGCUGGUGUUACACCGGGUAAGUUACCACGUGCUAUACUACCACCACAGCGUACAUUUUGGGGUGCAAUACUUGAUACCAUUGUAGGAGAUGGUCCAUCGAAACGUUACGCAUUGAUUUGCAAAUCGUGCAAUAGUCAUAAUGGCAUGGCAUUAGAAGAAGAAUUUGAAUAUUUAUCAUUUCGUUGCGCUUAUUGUAAUUAUUUUAAUGGUGCUCGUAAACAUAAACCGGUUUUUAAUCCUGAUCUAUUAAAUUCUACUCUAACACAAAAUGGAAAUAAUCUUGAACGUAUGGAAAUAUCUGCAACCGAUUCAGCCGACCCAAUAAAUCAAUCUAGAUUAACACGUCGAUCGAUUCGUGUUCCGAUGACCAAUAACGGAGCUCGUUCGCGUUCAAUCUCCAUUGAAAAUAUACGUGCAACUAUUUCAUCGAAAAGAGAAUCUAACAUGUCGUCUGCGGCUGCUAACGAUAAAACUGAUGAACAAGGUUCAACACAAGAAAAAAUUAGUAAAAAUGAACUCAAACGGCAAUUAAAAGCCCAUCAAAAGGCUGAAGAAAAGGCGCAAAAAGCAGCUGCUGCUACUCCUGCACCAACAACGAACAGUGACAAACCUGCUGUUGUUGCUGCUGCUGCUACUGAGAAUGAUGAUCAAGAUAUUGAUCCUAAUGAAUAUUAUAAAAUGCGAUUGCAUCAUAUACAGCAGCUUAAAAAAGCCGGUGAAACAGUUUAUCCACAUAAAUAUAACGUUUCAAUAGCAUUACGUGAUUUCAUUGAUAAAUAUUCGUAUUUAAAAAACGAAGAAACCAAUGAUGAUAUCGUAUCUGUUGCUGGACGUAUCUAUUCAAAACGUUCAUCGGGAACAAAACUUUAUUUCUAUGAUCUUCAUAGUGAUUCGGUUAAGAUUCAAAUUAUGGCUAAUCUCAAAUUUUAUCACAACGAAGAAGAAUUCGCAACAGUAAACGAUCGUAUUCGUCGUGGUGAUAUCGUUGGUGCUAAGGGCAAACCAACACGAACAAAAAAAGGCGAAUUAAGUCUUAUACCAACUGAAUUAAUUAUUCUAACGCCAACACUUCAUCAAUUACCAAGUUUACAUUUUGGUCUUAAAGAUAAGGAAACACGUUUUCGUCAACGUUAUCUUGAUUUAAUGAUCAAUGAUUCGGUUCGACAAAAGUUUGUUGUUAAAGCUAAAAUUAUCAAUUAUGUUCGGCAAUUUCUUAAUACACUUGGUUUUCUUGAAGUUGAAACACCAAUGAUGAAUAUGAUUGCUGGUGGUGCAGCAGCUAAACCAUUCGUUACCUAUCAUAAUGAUCUUGACAUGAAAUUAUUUAUGCGUGUUGCACCUGAACUUUAUCUUAAAAUGUUAGUUGUUGGUGGUUUGGAUCGUGUUUAUGAAAUCGGUCGUGUAUUUCGUAAUGAAGGUAUUGAUAUGACGCAUAAUCCUGAAUUUACCAUAUGCGAAUUCUAUAUGGCCUAUGCUGAUUAUAAUGAUUUAAUGGCAUUAACAGAAAAAUUAAUAUCUGGUCUUGUUAAACAGCUAUUUGGAACCUAUAAAAUAACAUAUCAUGUAAAUGGACUUGAUCAAGCACCGGUCGAAAUCGAUUUUACGCCACCAUUUAAACGUUUGGAUUUAAUUGGAGAUCUUGAAAAAGCUACAGGUGAAAAAUUUCCACCAGCUACUGAACUGUCUACGCCGAUAGCAAACGUUUUUCUUGAUACACUCUGCAAGAGACAUGAUAUCGAAUGUACGAAUCCACGUACAACAGCUCGACUUAUUGAUAAGUUGGCUGGUCAUUUUCUUGAAACGCAAUGUCUUAAUCCGACAUUUCUGUGCAAUCAUCCACAAUUGAUGAGUCCUUUAGCUAAAUACCAUCGUUCAAUACCAGGUCUUACUGAACGAUUCGAAUUGUUUAUUUGCUACAAAGAAACAUGUAAUGCUUACACUGAAUUGAACGAUCCAAUCGUACAACGAGAAAUGUUUGAAUUACAAGCUAAAGAUAAGGAUGCAGGUGACGACGAAGCACAAUUAAUCGAUGAAAAUUUCUGUACGGCACUUGAAUAUGGUCUUCCACCAACUGGUGGUUGGGGCUUAGGCAUUGAUCGUCUUACGAUGAUGCUUACCAAUAGUAAUAAUAUCAAGGAAGUUUUACUCUUUCCAGCGGUCAAACCAUAUAAAGAAGGCGAAGAACAACAACAACAGAAAGCAGGUGGUGCUACAACUGACACAGCGACAAAUUAA